AUUGUGAUUGGCUAAACACUUGCAACCCAAGACUACAUGUUAGGCACUAAAGGUGUGUGUUUUUGCAUGGAGCUAGCUAAAGUGUGUGUGUAGCAUUAUGAGCUCUGAGUGCAGCUACACCGUUGAACCUGGGAGCAGUGAGGGCCAGAAGAGUAAAGCUGUGGUGAAAAGAGAUGGUGUGAUUGCAUCAGUCUUCUGUCGAAUUUCACAGUUUUGGCCAGUCCGCUUUGUGGUGCACGGAUUCCGGUCCUUAUGGUGGUUCCUUGGCUUCUCCUCCCCUGGAAAAGCUUCCUCACCUCCAUGCGAUGAGGACAAAAGUUCCCCCAGUGCACGCCAGUGUCGCUCCGGUCGGAAGCGUCUGGGAAGAACCACACGUUUGCUGCUUUCCAUCCUGCCCCGGAGGAUCCAGAGUGCUCUCAGCUUCCCGGUGUGCACCAGCAUUGGCUGCUCCGUGUCCCCAGAGGUGCGCUGUUCUCCCACUAAGCCCUGUGGGAAAGGCAAUAAAAGGAAGCAGGACGAUAUGGAUGACGACGAUGCUGAAGCAGAGCUGGAGCAGCAGUCAUGGGUGGCACUCAAUCAGGAACUGACUGAUGAGGACCAGCCGACUGAUCCUGACUAUGAACCAAGUGCAGUUGAGACUGAUAGCGAGGAAUACCGGUCACACAACGAUACCGAGAGUGAUAUUGAAGUGGAGAAGGGUGUCGUGGUGAUCCAGGAUUUGGAGACCAUCCAGGAGCCCCUAACAGAGGAGAAGUGAUGGCAGUGGGGAUGGAAUGUGUUGCAUAUAUUUAUAGAAAAAAGUAAUGUUCAUUUGUAUUCUAUACAUUUCCAAGUAUGUAGCUAGUUAUUGCCCAUGUGGUGGUUUUCUGGUCGUUGUCUUGUCGAAGGCUUCCUGGCUUGAUUUGUUCGUUUUUUUUUUUUUUUUUUUCUAUGUGAGUUUUCAGUGUCUUGUAUUUGAUUUUCUGAAAUAAACUAAUCAAUUUUG